AUGAAGAAGGAAAAUAUUAUCUCCAUACAAUCACAAGUGUUUGAUGGAUUUUGUGGAAAUAAUAUAGCAGCAUUCGUUUUUAGAAGAAGAGGACAUAUUCCUAAAAUUCUAAACACAGUACAAUAUUAUUCAAAGUUCAAACAUAGUGGUGUUGAAUUAAAUAGUCAAGAAGUUGAUAUUAUAUUAAGUGAAUAUAAUAAAGAUCAAGAAUUUAUGAAUGAUAGUAAUAUUUAUUUUCUCACAGGUUAUAUUAAAAAUGCGGAAUGUGUUGAUAUGGUUACCAAAAAUAUACUUGAAUUAAGAAGGAAAAGGAAAAUACACCGUGGAAAAAGUAAUGAUAAUGGUAACAUGAAUGGUAACAUGAAUGGUUACAUGAAUGGUCAUACAAAUGGUCACGUGAAUGGUCAUACAAAUGGUCACGUGAAUGGUCAUACAAAUGGUCACAUGAAUGGUCAUACAAAUGUUCAUAUGAAUGGUCAUACAAAUGGUCACAUGAAUGGUCAUACAAAUGGUCACAUGAAUGGUCAUACAAAUGAUCACAUGAAUGGUCAUACAAAUGAUCACAUGAAUGGUCAUACAAAUAGUCACGCACAUGGUCUCACAAAUGGUCACAUGGAUGAACCUAAUGGUGAGCAUCCAUAUAGACUUAUAAAUUCAAAUGAACAUAAAAGUAGCCAUCAAAUUAUUCCUCAAGGUAAACAAAUAAAUGAAAAAGGUAUGCUUAAGAACAAUAUAUUGAAAAUAUCCCAGGGAAGAAAAAAAGAUGAAGAAUUAUAUUUCAUAGAAAACAUAAUAAAUCUAAAUUUUCUUUGGGUAUGUGAUCCCGUUAUGGGAGAUAACGGAAGACUUUAUGUUGAUGAACGUGUUGUAGAAUCAUAUAAAAAAGCAAUUGAGUAUGUUGAUAUUAUUACACCUAAUCAAUAUGAAACUGAAUUAUUAUGUGGAAUAAAAAUAAAUGAAGAAAAAGAUGUUAUAAAAUGUUUAAAUGUAUUAUUACAUAAAGGUGUAAAAAUUGUUAUCAUAACUUCUGUAAAUUAUAAUUUCGAUAAAGACCAUUUAUUUUUAUACCUUUCAUUUUUUAAUAAUAAAAAUAAAAUAGUUUAUUUUAAAUAUAAAAUUUUAAAGAUUCAUUUUAAUUGUUUUGGAAGUGGUGAUCUUUUUUCUUGUUUGUUAUUAUCUUUUAUAGUAAAGCAAAAAGGAAAUAUCCUUCACAUAAUAUCGAAGGUUUUGAAUAUUGUACAAAAUGUCAUAAAAAAUAGUCUCACUGGGUUGGAAUUAAAUAUAAUAGAAAAUCAAGAUAUAAUCGCAAGUGAUGGUUUAAUUAAUGAUGUUUUAAUUAAAGAAGAGCCUGUUUUUUUUUAG